CGCUUAUAUACGCUGGGCUGCUCGACGCUGGUGGAUCAGAGGGAAAACAGAUCGGAGGGUAACGGGACUUGGGUCGGUUUGAGAAUUAAAACAAAAACAACGAGGAUCCGCAGUCGUGCGUGGACACUUUGAAAAGGCUGCAAUCAUCCAACCCGACCGCCGCUGCCACUGCUUUGCAUCUGUAACAGUGGAGAUGGAGGGAGUACUUAGUGAAGUCCUGAGAUCAUAGAAGAACGAAGGUGAUCUGGAUCUUCUGAUGCAUCCUCUUUGUUAAAUUUCAAACCACAGGGACACUUUUUACAGCUCGCCUUUUGGAAGAACGUCCACGCUCACAUUUUCUUUGUCAGGAAAACGCCCACAGUGCAAUUACCCAUGGCAAAUGUGAGCUUGUAUGGUCGCUUCACCCAUGCUGUGGUUCGGGGCAUCCCAGAGACUUUUGGGAAGACGGCUGGAGGUGAGAGUGAGAACGGGGAGAUCUCUGUGGACUUGGCGAAGGCUCAGCGUCAGUUUGGUUGCCUAAUGGGAGCCCUGCGGCAGAAGGUGGGCCUGCAGUUAAUUGAGAUCCCACCUGACCCCGAGCUACCAGAAAGCUGGAGGAUAGAUGACGUGGUGAUCAUCCAGGGAGACACGGCGCUCAUCACAAGACCCUUCAAACAGCAGAGACGCAGUGAGGCUGAUGCAGUGAGGAGAGUGAUGUUGGAGUUGAAGCUGACUGUGGUGGAAAUGGGCACCGAGUUGGGCGACUCUGGUGGCGCCACGCUGGAGGGCAGCGACGUUCUCUUCACAGGGAGGGAAUUCUUUGUCGGAAUCUCCUCUCACACCAACCACAGGGGAGCAGAGGUGCUGGCAGACACUUUCAGGGACUUUGCAGUGUCCACCGUCCCAGUUUGUGGAGGCGCUCGACUGAACAACAUCUGCUCCAUGGGAGGCCCAGAUACAAUCAUCAUUGGUGACUCUGACGGCGCAAAGAGGACUCUCCGGAUGAUGGAACAGCUGACUGAUCACCACUAUGAAGUGCUCACUGUUCCAGAGGACUCUGCAGCAAACUGCAUCUACAUAAAAGGCCCGUCUAAGCGGGAUUUCCUGCUCCACCGACCCACUGAGGAAUGUCCUGACAGUAUCUCUGCUUUCCACAAGCUCCAGGACUACACCCUCCUGCCCACGGCCUGCAGCGAACCCGCCAAACUCGGAGCGUCUCUCUCCUCUCUCUGCCUCCUCAUCAACAGGAAGCACACGUACUUCUGAACCCACUGUUCCAUUACAAACGCAGUCGAGUGCUAACAGCUUUUAGGACACGUUAACCACUUAAACAGCUGCUGCAGCGAAACAUCCCCUCCGUCUGGCCCAAAUGUAGCCGCUUAUGCAGCAUUCAUGUUAAUGGACCAAAAAAAACACCGUAAGAGGAAUUACUGAUUGUAGCAGCAGACCUACAUAAGUGAUAAGUAAACGAUCGUCUUUGCACAUUAACACAAUGUUGUACCUGAUUUCUCUCCAUCGUCCCCUAAAUGCUAAAUUUCCUUCAAUUAGUCUAUCAUUAACAGCUAGUUAGCACAUGGUAAGCAAAAGUUUGACUUUGGAGCAGUAGUAAAGUGUCAGCAUGUGAAUGCAGCAUUUAAGUAAAUCAGCUUGUAACACUGGCUCCCCCUGUUGACAGCAAUCUGCACCACCGACACAAACCAAGCUGACAUCUUUAAUGCUUCUUUGAUUGAAACAAUCACUACAUUACGGUACAUUGUUGUAGCAGUGCACCUGUUCUUAGUACAGUCAAACAGUUCUCUUGCUGACAUAUGUAGCGGGCAAGUGUAGAAAUGCAUUUUUGUUUUGGUGUAGCUUUUACAUCGGAAUUUGUAUUGUUCACUGAUGCUAAUAAAAACUAAUUUUGCUUUUCCA